AUAAAGAAAGCUAUGUGUCAACUCAGAAUGGCCAAGUCAAUCGGACUGGAAUCUAAGUCUGAUCUUCAAAAAUUCGCUGCUACUCAAACCAGAAUUUUAUUUAUUUGUUUUGAGAACGUACUUGAAAUUUAAGAUUAAGUUAGAAACUAGAAGCAAAAGACCAGUCACUGUAGUCAAUUAGAAAUUUCAGAAAGAAAAAAAAACCAAUCUCUGCUUCCAAAACACCUUAAGCCAAAUUCAUAUCAGAAAUUUGAAUCCAGUGAAACAGAAGAAGAAAAAAUGAUUGAUAAGGAGCUUGAAGUUGUAGAUGAUUUGGGUGAUAGCCAAAUUUCUGAGAAGUUUUCAAUGGCCAUUGACUCAUCCAUUUUGCAAAACCAGAAUGGCAGAAGCCAAGGAGCACAAGAGCUGCAGAAGAGAUUGAAAAAUUUGAGAUCAAUCAAGCUCUCAAAAUCACCAAGCCUGAAGUCAUCUAGAAGAAGGGCCAGGCAGAGAUCCAAUAAUCACCAUGUAUGCAGUGAUGCAGCAAGCUCAGCAGCACAGUCAAUUUCAUCUGAUAUGUCAACCUGUUCUGAUACAAGUACAGAGAAUCUACAGAAUUCAGCAAGAACAAUAACAAGGCGGUCUAGUUUUAAGCCUGUAAGGAAUUUGACAAGAAUUUCUAGCUUAAAAUUCAAGAACCCUUUGAUGAGGAAAAGCUCUGGAGGAACACAAAUGAAUAAUCUGAAGAAAUCAAGAAUGGCGGCUAACCCUGCAAAUUCUGAGAGCUCAAGACCAUCUGCAAGACAAAAGAAAUCUGGGCAUGUUGGGCUUUCUGCCAUCUCAUCCAGUGAUACAGAUUCAGCAUCGUCAACCUUUUCAAAGGAGACCUGCAGCUCCAAUGGGAGAAAGAAACAGUUUCAGGCAAGUCCUCAUGCUUCUGAAUCAAGUUAUUGCAGUAGUAUUGAAACUAGGAAAAGAUCAGUUUUUUCAAAGCCAAACUCAACUUCUGCUGGUCAGAAGUCACCUUCGAAUGCCUCAACAAAAUUGGCUAGAGCGAAAUCCAAGAAGUGUUCCAUAAGGAAACACUCUGAACAAAUCUCUCAACUUCCAGACUUGAGUGUACAAAGAGCUACAUGUUCUUCAGCACUCAAAGGUUCUAAGUCCCCUGACAUCCUGGGUCUUCAGGCAGAGGGAACUGAAUCUGAGGGACUUUCGGGCACAAAGGUUUGUCCAUUCACUUAUUGCUCUCUUCAUGGCCAUCGGCAUGCCAGUGUACCUCCACUCAAGCGCCUCAUUUCAAUAAGGAGGCGCAUGUUGAAGACUCAGAGGGGCGUGACACCGGCAACUCAACCCCCGGUCAGGGUGAAAAGGUCUGGCAAGAUUAAGGAGGAUCAGACAAAUCAGAUGGUAUGCAAUGGACAUGGUGCAGUUCAUGAAACGACAUCUCCUGUGGUAGAAAAAUUGAGCAGGGAAAUGUCUUUAGAAAUCUAUGCUGAGCCUGAACCAGAAGCCAAGCCAAGUCGCAUAGGUACUUACAGUGAAAAUGGGGAAAACAAUGAUGAUUUUUCAAAUAUUUCUGAAAAGCUGCUUGGUGAAACUUCAAUUCCUCAUAUAGAUUUAGAGGAGAGCCUGCACACUGUAGAACAGCAUGCUUCGGUGUCCCUCUCUGCACCUGAUGGUUUAAGUCCGGAAUGUUGUUGCACUGGAACAGAUUUUGAAGCCACCAACACAGACAGGAAAGAAGAAAAGAUUGCAGCAUCUAAUCACAAUGAAGGUGCUCAAUCCACUUGCACAAAUAGCCUGAGCAAUAUUGAUCCUAAAUCAAUAGAAAAAAGUAUGGCGUUCGAUGAUUGUGAAGCUGUCAAACCACCUCAUCAAUUGGAAAGAGCAAUCCCUGAUGAAGUUGUUGAAUCAACAAGUGAUAAUCAACACAAUGAAAUCUCUUCUUCUGAUUGCCAAGCAUUGGAGGAAAAAAUUGCCGCUAAUGAGAACAAAAAUGGAAGUGUGCAGCCAGCAUCUAAUCCCAAAAGGGCCACUAAUGUGGCAGUGGCACACAGUUUGCAGUCAAAAGAUCACAAAUAUAUCCGAAUGUGGCAGUUGAUGUACAAGCAUGCAGUAAAAGGACCUUCUGCAAGUGUUGAAAACCAGCACUCUCUUGGAGGACUGGACAAGGAAGAGCAAGUAGAAGGUACCAACACCGUAUUUGAAACCAACAAUUUAAGUUUUACUGAAACAGAUGAGCAUACAGCUUUGAUAAAUCACAGUGGAGGAGACCAAAACAUUGAGCUCUGCCACCAUGAUGCCAUUAAGCUGGUACAGGAUGCUUUUGAUAACAUCCUUCUCCCGGAAGUUCAGGACCGCGCAUAUGAUGAUCAAUCCUUUACUAAUGGCAUAAGUUCAGACCAGGAAGCAUCAGGACAGAGUCAAGAUGGGUGUGGGGAGCAGAGCACCUCACAUUCCAGUCAUUCUUCUGAAGACAGUAAGGUACAAAAUCCAGAAGAAACAUGGGCCAAAGCUGAAACUACUAGUUCCCUGAAAGAAGAGAAAACAGUGUCAAAAGGAGAUAAGACAGACAAGAAAACACCCAAGAGCUGGAGCAGUCUGAAAAAAUUCAUUCUCCUCAAGAGAUUUGUCAAGGCGGUUGAAAAGGUGAGGAACCUCAAUUACCAGAAACCACAAUACCUGCCAUUGGAUCCUGAUUCAGAAGCAGAAAAAGUCAAUCUAAGGCAGCAGAAAACAGAAGAGAGAAAGAAUGCUGAGGAAUGGAUGCUUGAUUAUGCACUUCAACAGGUUAUAUCUAAACUACCUCCAGCUCAACAAAGAAGAGUUGCAUUGCUUGUAGAAGCCUUUGAAACAGUUCUCCCAUUUCCGGGAAUUAAAACUAGCCACAGGUCCAGUGCAAUAGAAUCCACUGAAGCAGAUCUUCAAGUCUGCAAUGGUUUUUCAGUUCCAAGUGCUGAUCACACAGGUAAAGAGAGUGAUUCUGGAAUUUCUGCUGAAAUCUUGGGUGGGAAUAUGUCCGGCCCUGAGAAAAGUUUCAAUGAGUAUUCAGCUCAGGCUAGGGAUGUUCAAGUGGAACACCAGCAAAGUCCAGUGAAUUUUUCUAAGCUCAAAGAACCAAGUACAGACCAUUGUUUCAUUAAAACGGAACGGGAUAUAGCUGCUCCUAAAGCCACUAAUGAAGAUCAGAAGGAGAAUCAAAUUGUUUUUCUCAACACUGAUGAUGGGGAUGACAAAGCCAUUGUUGGGAACGAUAUAAUAGAUUUUACCAAUGUUUCUUUAUCAGAAACCAAAGAUCCCAGGUCAUGUGAUGAAGCCUCCUUAAAGCAAGAUGAACAUGGUAGCACCAUUUAUGAAGGUCUGGUAAAUGAUACAGUUGAAGAAGCCUCCGAAGAAGUUACUUCAAUCACAAGUUUGGAACUUAGCAACUUGAAUUCCAAGGUGGAAAACAUCAAAUUGGAAACCAGUAAGUCAUUCAUUGAAACAGAUGAGAAAUUUGAUUCAUCUGAGGAACAGAUCACUGAAAAUCAUGUGGAUUCAACAGCAAAUAACAUGGUGGUCUCUUUAGGUUCCAUAAAACCAAAUGAGGAGCCAAUGGCAGCAAGAGAAGAAGUGAGGGGAGGAGCUAUGCCAGAAUCUGGACUCGUUGAAGGAUUUCCUCCACUUGAAGAAUCACAUUUGGAAUGCGAUACUAGUGCACCACAUGAAACCCAAUUGGAAAAGCAGAAAUACACAAACUUAUGGUUCUUAGUAUAUAAGCACAUGGUAUCAAGUAUUGAUGCAAAAGAUGGAGACGAAUUCCUUGAUAGAGCAGAAGAGGAGCAAGCAGAUGAUGCCAACAGAUUGCCUGGAAUAGACAACAAAAAGAUUGAACUCCGGCAUAUUGAAGCUAUCAAGCAGCAAGUAGAGAAAGCGAUUGAUGACAUCAUUCUUCCAGAGAACCAAGAUGAAUCAGAUGAUGAUAAGUCAAUCACUAGAGGCUUUCUAGACCCCGAACCUCCAGAAAAUCAAGUUGACAUACAAGGGAAAUCUUUCAUCUCAACUUUCACAAACUCUGCCAGCUCUGCAAAAUCUGAUAAUGCUACCAUCCAAGAAGAAGAAAAAGCAGUUGCAAAGGUGGAAGAGAAACCUAACAAGAAAAUGUCAAAGAACUGGAGCAAUCUGAAGAAAAUGAUCCUGCUUAAUAGAUUUAUCAAGGCAUUGGAAAAUGUAAAGAAGUUCAACCCACAAGGGCCACGAUAUCUGCCCUUGGAGCCUGACCUGGAAGCAGAGAAAGUUCAUCUCAAGCAUCAGAACAUGGAUGGGAGGAAGAAUUCUGAGGAAUGGAUGCUUGAUUAUGCCCUUCAACAGGCUGUUUCCAGAUUAACUCCAGCUCGCAAAAGAAAAGUAUCACUGCUUGUAGAGGCUUUCGAAACAGUCAUUCCAAGCAAUGGAAUUCCAAACCCAUUCAAACCACAAGCUACUCACUGAUUUAAGGAAUGACAACUAGAAGAAGCUAUUUGGUUGGAUGACUCCACAACUUCAUAAUGAGCAGGCAUGUCCAUAGUAUAAAACCUCAGUUGAACAAGUAAGCUGUAGUUUAUUGUGUCAUUUAGAAGGCAGAAAGUAUACCGUAUGCAGAUGUAAGUCAUCAAGUUAUGAAGUUUGGAAAGUGGAUUAUGUAAUAAAAUUCUUUUUAUUUCCUCUGUACUUUGCCUUGAGGUUUAUUUGUGUUUCUCUUCAUAUGUAUUAUUGUUGUUGGUGAGGUGUAGGGGGAAGGGGUUUCAAAACGCCAAUUUUGAGGUCAGUUUUGUAAAAAAUUCUACAUAAAAGUUCAUAAAUCCUUAUACAGGUGGUGUUGUAAAUCUUUGAACUUCUGUGAUAGUAGCGUUUGAGAGAGUUCCACCUUUUAUAAGCCUUAAA